AUGAGUCGCUUUGGCAAAAAAUCGGCCCUGACACUCGCGGGUAAUGCGCACUCUUACGAACAGCGUGGUACCGAUACUGCCGAACUUUCGCAGCAGGACAGCAUCGACAUCAUGGCUGCGAUCAAUGAUCACUGCCGCCGCCGCUAUCCCGAUCUCAAGUCUACCUCCAUCCUUCUUCACGAAGAGGCUCAUAACAAGGCUUAUCAGACCACCAUGGGCGGCGAGGGCGUCAGCGUCAUCAAUCGGGCAACCUGGGUUGUCGUGAUGACAGCAGAGGAUAAAAACGGUCGCCCGGUAGAGCUCAGAGAGUCACUCUCCGGUAAAGGCAACCUGGCCGACCUGAAUAUGACCAUGCAAACCAUAGGACCUGCUCUCGAUGAGACGUACCAACAUUUAAAAGCCAAGUGCAAUGCGGUGCCUGUCCGCGGCGGUCAACAUGUCAUUGUCCUGUCACCGGACCUGGCCGGCAUGCUGGCCCACGAAGCGAUGGGCCAUCCCUGCGAGGCGGAUUCUGUUCUCGGCGGAUCCGCCCUGGCUGGUCUUGUUGGCAAACCCGUUGCCAGCGAGCUGAUCACCAUGAUUGAUUACGCCAACACUUAUAAUGGCUCCGAGUUGAUGAUCCCGGUUUACGCUGACGACGAGGGUACCGAGGCCAUUGAUGCCGUCCUGAUCGAAAACGGCAUCAUGAAAAACUUUAUGAACAGCCGCGAAACCGCGGCAAAGCUGGGCAUGGCCGCAACCGGCAAUGCUCGCGCUUACACCUUCAACGAUGAACCCCUGAUCAGAAUGCGCAACACCGCGAUUCUGCCAGGUAAAAGCAAGCUCGAGGACAUGAUCAGCGAGGUUGAAGAAGGCUAUUUCCUGAUGAAAACCGGUAACGGCCAGGCCGACGCCACCACAGAAUUCAUGUUUGGCAUCAACCUCGCGUAUGAAAUCAGAAACGGCAAACUUGGACAUGCGAUCACAGAUACAACGGUUUCAGGUCGGGCAAUCGAUAUGCUGAAAACGGUGGAUGCGGUAUCCGAUGAUAUGCACUGGGAGUGCGGUGGCUACUGCGGCAAGAAGCAACCGAUGGUUGUAUCAAUGGGUGGGCCCGCUAUCCGCGCACAAGCUGCAGGGUUCGAUGAUGGCCACGUCAGUGUUUCGAUCACAACCCAGGAUGAGCUCAAUAUUGAACAGAACGAAGCCUCUCUGCUGCGCAGCGUUGAAAACUAUGAUAUCUCUCUAACGGGUAUUGUCGAUGGCAGAAAGGCAAACGUCGCGAUCACCGACCUCAACGACGCAGUCGUCGCGGAGACUGUAAAAACUCUUGUUGCGCGUGCCCGAAGUGCACCCCAGGAUGAUGCCAAUGCGGUAAGCAGCAAUCAGGUCGAUUCCUUUGAGCAGGGACCUUUGCAUUCCGAUCUUGAUCUUCUGUGCAGAAAGGCAUCGGAGAUACUCGAUUUCCGCGCUGAGCAGACACCAAAAGUGGAGCUUCGAUCUGCUGCUGCCGCACACGGCGUGUCGCGUACACAUACGGUCACAAGUCGGGGCACAGCCCUGUCCAGCACGGUGGGCAGUUUCCGCCUGGGCGUCACGUGUAAUGCAACAGAGGAUGGCAAGACCAGCUCGUUCAGCUACAGCGGUGGUAUUGCUAAUGAUCUGAGCGACAAAAGCGCAGUCGAGUUUUUUGCCCUUGAUGAGCUGAUGCGCAGCGCUGAACAUCAGAUUCAUACUCAGCUGAUUGGAUCACCCUUUGUCGGAGAGGUGAUUCUUGCGCCCAGCGCGGUUUCCAGCGUGUUCAGCUGGCUGCUCGAGCAACUUGGUACCCAGGCUCUGAUAGCGCAGUCGUCGGUUUAUCAACACAGUGUUGGCGAGCAGAUUGCUGCUUCUAACCUGACCCUGCGCAGCGACUUCGAUGCGCCAGGGCACGCGCCGUACACCGCAGAUGGUUUCAGAGCUGAGCCUCUUGUUGUCCUGGAAAACGGCAGACUGGCCACCUUGUUACCCGACCUCUAUGGCAGCCUGAAAACCGGUCUAUCUCACCGCCCCAGUACCUCGGGAUGGUCUAUUGAUCCAGGUAAAGACAGAAAAACGGAUCUGAUCUCGUCAGUCCAACGAGGCGCAUUAGUCACGCGCAUCUCGAUGGGACGUCCAACUUCAAGCGGCGACUUUUCCGGCGUGAUCAAAAACAGCUUUCUGAUCGAAGAUGGGGAGAUCGGCGCUGCCCUCGCUGAGACGAUGGUCGCAGGUAACAUGGCGCAGAUGCUCAAGGAUAUCAGCGGUGUAUCUGCCGAGAAAAUCAAUUAUGGUGGGCAGAACUUUCCAUGGUUAAAGAUCAACGGCCUGCAUUUCUCCUGA